GUUUCUUUUUAUAUCGAAUCGGGGGGCUCUGGGGCCUGGUCAACCUCACCUUGACCUCGUGUUUUUUUUCUUUUGUUUCCCACCUUGGUUGCUCAUCCUUGUCCUUUCUCUUCUCCCGUGGCAUUUUUCAGAGUUGCUCAACCGCCGCCCUCCAAAGUUCAAGUUCUCAUCUCACCGCACGCAUGCAUCCCUUGUACAAUUUGCUUUUCUAGAUAUCCGGGCAACUCACAGUUGCGGGCCGUUCCACCAGCGGCUACGAAGCGCUGCAAAUACUACUACUAAUAGUACUAGUAUGGAUCUCCGAUCUCUGUACGCGGGAUCCCCACGCUCUUUAUCUCGCGGCGCCAGGACGAAAACAGACCAGAGACAAAGACUACGCGCUAUUCCCGAUACUUUCUACCCAGAGUCUAUGACCUGCUCUGUCUCGACGCUAUCCUCCCAUUCACCAAGCCCCGCCCCAUCGCUUGACGGCUCGGCGUCUCCAGUGUUUGAUACCGCAGACUACAGCGACCCGUCCUUUGUCUCCACGAAUAUCAUGUCCACUGGCCAAGCAGCCUUCGGCCCGCAAUAUCAGCAGUCCCCCGAGGAACUAUUUGCGGUCAAAGCUGGUCAGCCUCAGAUGCCUACUGAGAGACCGCAGAGUCUUGGUCUGCCGCUUCGGAUGCGGGAUGACGCCUGUGCCCAGGCAGACACAAAGAAGAAUCUCAAGAGGGCCACUACCCACCCCGUCAGAUCCUCGUUAGUCGGCGUGAGGCGGGCCUCGCAUCAGGCCUUCGACCUGAUGGCCCCACCACCGGGGAGAAGAAAGUAUAGCCUGGCUAAGACGGACCUUCCAAGGGACAGUUACCCACACAGUGUCGACGCCGACCCUAGCGCAGCACUUACAUCGAGAAUUACAGCAUCCAUUCUGCGGGAGGGCUACGGUGUCAGGGGUCCCAAGACCACGGUGCCACCCAAGGUCCACGACGCGGUGCAAAGGUGUCUGCAGGAAGUAUCCACCACAGUCCAGAAGGACCACGCGCCGUGGGCUCUCCCACAGUACCGGCCCAGACACUCCAAGGCAUACCGGACAGAUUCAGAUAUGCAAUCUAGGGCGUCUGACCAGCUUUCAGAUCAUGAUGCGGCCGGCAGUCGCACCAGGUAUGGCGCCAGCAGUGGGGACGAAGAAGAUCCUUUUGCAUAUGACAAUUCGAACGCAAGCAUGUACAAGAAUCUAUAUGGAUUUGGAAAAGGCGGUCGAGGUAUGAGGGCACGUUUGAGCGACGCAUCAAGACCAUAUUCGUGUCCUUUCAGGAAGAGGAACCCAAUCAUGUUUAACGUUCGUGACCACGAGCAUUGUGCCAAGAGGCCAUUCUUUGGCAUACAAGACCUCAAGCACCACAUUAGGACUCACCACAGAUCAUGCGGGCCGGCGCACUCUUGUCCACGAUGCAAGGCGAGCUUUCAGAACCAAUCUGAUUUGUCUGAGCAUCUAAUGGUGCCUGCGGACCAAAUGUGCGAGCCCAACGGUUGUGUCUCGGAUAUUGUGGUGGAGGACGGGAUCACCGAGGAGAUGGAUCGGGCUCUGGCUGACCGGACGCCGAGACACCUUGUCAAUUCCUGGGAACAAAUCUGGAAGCUUCUGUUCCCCCAGGAUGCGUCACCUCAAGAUUCAGAAUACGUCCCGGUCAUCGAGAUGGUGGAGAUGGAGCAGAAGAUGGACGACAGCCAAGCCGAACUCAGGGCCGAUCUCAGCGAAAGUCUUCGGAAACUCCUGCCAGACCAGUCCCAAGAAGUUUGUUUCUUCCUCGCAGGACAGUUCCAGCUCGUGGUCGAGCAACACAGGGCGAAGGUCAACAGGAAGUGCCGCAUCAGCGCCAGCGGCGAGAGUCCUCCACCUAGCGCAUCCGAGAAGAGCAGGACCACUUCCGUGCGCCUGUCCCGGUUUUCCAUGCGGAAUUCCGAAGUCAACGCCCUCAGGGCCUCGAACAUCCACGGUAGAAGCGCAAGUCUGCUGUCGUCACCAAAAUCCCAUGGCCGCCGUCCAUCACAGGCUUAUCAACAGGUCCACCCGAGGACGACCGUCUCCCCAGCCAGCACAACAUCCUCGGUGUACUCGCAAGACGCGGCCCCCGCGCCGUCAACCAAGUCCAGGCCAGCGACUCGGUCGAGCACCUUUAGCAUGAGCGGGAUGCAGGUCGAGAGCCCCCGUCUGCCGUUCAAGGAUUGGGUCCAGGGCGUCAAGUUCAACGGCACCACCACCACCACCACUAGCGAUAACAAUAAUGACGACGAGAAGAAAUACCAGCGCGAUUCGGGUCUUGCCCUCGAGCAGUGUGAGACCUGCCAGAUGGAACCUUGCCAGUGUGAGGGAUACAACGGCUAUGCGGACCAGCUAUCUGCGUUCAUGACACCGGCUCCUGGUACCAACCAACCACCCGGGACGGCGCCGUACUCGGCAGCUAAUCAAGUGGGCGAUUAUGAGGAACUGGAUUGGGCGGCUCAGUAUGGGGGCCAGUCGGCGACGCCUGGCGUGCCCGGUGCGGACCCCAGGAUGCAGAUGAAGGGCAGUAGGAUGGGCCUGAAUGCUCAAGGUUCUGAGACGAGCGGGCUGAAAGCGGCGGCUGUGCAGGCGCAGCAGGGGUUUAUUUAAUAACCUUGGAACAUGACUUCCGAGAAGCCUACACCAGACCAUAUUUAUCUGGGUUGUUGGUAUUUCUUUUUGUUGUCACUCAAAGUCUGACAAUGAAUCUGCAUAACAUUUAGGGAGACCGCAUACAUAGACUUCGCGGGGAAGCUGGAUCUAAACGUAUGCGGAGACACCUCCCUGGAUUUUAGUAUAUUAUAAUGGUAUCCAACGGGAGAUUACUGCGAGAGGUAGCUCUGCUUCUAUUGCAUAUACAUAUAGGGUGGGGGUUUUCUUUCUACUCCUCAUACAUAUACAGCGUAUUAUGUGGCGUCUUGAUACGAUGGUAAACGCCCAAGACCCAGUGCUUGAAAAAGCACAAGGCCAAUAACAGUGUACAGAGAAUACGAUGCGCCCGUGGCACGUCUCGCGCCCACUGAAAAGAUUGCUGCGAAAGUCAGCACUCCCAGGCUGUGACGAUGAGCGUUGUUUUAGCACAACCACCUGACCCAAAAUGGGUUGUGCCCCGGUGGUCACAAUGUAAUAACUGGUUUCGCUUCUAUUCCGUGUACGUCCG